AUGGGCAUUGUUGGGGCUGACUUCAACAUGGUUUUGAAAAGCUCUGAAAGGUCUAGUGGUUCUACGAACUCUAAGGAUAUUGAUGAUUUUAGCACACUUAUUGAUAGUAUGGACCUUAAUGAUCUUCCGUUAAUGGGGGGAAGAUGGACCUGGAACAACCUGAGAGAACAUUCCUCUUCUUCAAGAAUUGACAGGUUUCUUAUUACUACAAAUCUUCUUGCGAUUCUCCCCAAUUUAAAUCAGAAACUUUUGGCCAGACCAACUUCAGAUCACUUUCCCAUUUUGUUGGUUUCGGAUGGGAUUCAAUGGGGCCCCGUCCCCUUCAGGAUCGAUAACAAAUGGCUGGAGCUGGACAGUUUCAGAAAAAUGGUUGCUGAUACUUGGAAUAAAAUGAGUAUUAAGGGCACCAGCAGCUACAGAAUUGCCACUAAGCUCAAAAAUCUCAAAGCUGUUAUAAAAACAUGGGUUAAGGAGACUGGAAGGAAGAAAGAAGAAGGCAUCAACGACAUCCUGGUGGAAAUUGAUGAUCUUGAUAAAAAAGAUCACUCGAUGCUUUCCACUGAUGAAAGAGAAAAAAGGAAGAAUCUGAAGCUUAUGCUGGCCAACAAACUGCACUUAGAAGCCAUAUCUUGGAAACAAAAAGGUAGAGAAAAAUGGAUUAAAGAUGGAGACAGAAACUUGAAAUAUUUCUACAUGUUGGCUAAUCAUAGAAGAAGAAUCAACUUCGUGGAGGAACUUACCUUCGUUAACAACAGAAUUAAAGGUAAUGAGGCCCUAAGGAAAAGUACUAAAAUCCAUUUUCAGAAAUCAUACACUGAACAGCAUGAACAAAGACCGAAUUUGGACAACUUAUCGUUUAGCAACAUCUCUGAGCAAGAAAAGGAGCAGUUAGAAGGAAAAUUUACUGAGAAUGAAAUUUUAGACUGUCUUCGGGAAUGUGAUGGGGAUAAAGCCCCCAGUCCGGAUGGGUUCAACUUCAAAUUCAUCCAAACUUUUUGGGGUACAAUAAAAGGUGACAUUCUUGAAUUUUUGAAUGACUUCCACAAUCAUAAUACCUUUGUGAGAUCCCUUAACUCCACAUUUUUGGUCAUGAUUCCAAAACAUGCCAACCUGGGGAAAAUAAAUGAUUUUCGGCCUAUUAGCCUAAUUGGGUGUAUCUACAAAUUAUUAUCUAAAGUUCUUGCCAAAAGGCUAUCCAAAGUGCUUGACAAAAUCAUUAGUGAAUACCAACAUGCUUUUGUUUAUGGGAGACAAAUUUAUGAUGCCAUCUUGACUGCUAAUGAGAUCGUUGAUGAAACCACUAGACACAACAAGAGGGGUGCUCUGUGCAAGCUUGACAUGGAAAAAGUUUUUGAUCAUGUAAACUGGAACUUUAUAGAUUACAUUGCUUCAAAGAAUGGGUUUUGGCCAGAAAUGGAGAAGCUGGAUAAGAUUCUGCAUCACAACCUCCAGUUUCGCGGUUAUGGUUAA